UUGCAGCCGUGGGAUCCCGCUCUUCGUGAACAUUUGCUGAGCUGGAUCAAUCCUGGUUUCCUUCAUGAUCUUUGCCACGAGCUGAAGAUUCUCUUCCGCUACAAACACAUCAACAGUCGCUAUCUGGUUUUCAGUCAAAUGCGUGUGGUAAGAGGACAGGUUUGGAAUUUGUAUGACUGUCUCGCAAAGAAUGAAACUCCUGCUGGUUUAAUUACAAAGGAACCGAUUCUUGUUACCAGAAGGUGA